UGACACGGCGGCCAGAAACAGCAGAACCUCUGAGCUUCAAACCCAACAAACCUCUGGAUUUAUGAACGUUUCUGGAUUUUAAACCGUCUGUGGGAACUUUUCUUUAGUUCUUUUAGCAACUUGGAGCAACAGACAGCCGACCACAGAGGAGUUUCCUCUGCAGCUCGCUGAACACAGAGGCCGACCGACCCGGUGAUGCCUCCAGGUUCUCCCGUCAGAACCGAACAUCCUCCUCACUUUCAGCCGGAAGAUGGAGUAGCCGCCUGACAGCCCGUCAAAAUGAUGGCCUCGGUGGUUGUCGGGGGCAACCGGAAGAAGUCCCUCACGUUGAGAGGGGUGGACCCGGAGACCUGCAUGAUUGUGUUCAAGAACCACUGGAUGCAGGUGGCGAAGAUUCUGGAGAAACACGAACCGAGUCGCAGCACCUCCAGAGCGCUUAGCUUUCUCUCCGGUCACCAUGGCAACAGCAGCAGCAGCAGCAGCUCCAGAGCGUUGCAGCUGGGUCCGAUCCCCGCCGACGAGGCCAGCGCCGUGCAGAACUACGUGGAGCACAUGCUGUUUCUGCUGAUGGAGGAAGAGGCGGGGCAAGGAGGAGCCAUGGGUCCCAUCCUGGAGUUCGUGGUGCUGGAGGGCGUGAUGGAGAGGCUGUUCCUGUGGAGCCUGAGGAGGCAGUUCACCGAGGACAUGAAGCUGGAGCAGCUCAGGAUGUACCAGAUGCUGCUAUCUCAGGCCAAGCAGCCGCUGCUGCACCACAAACCGGUUCUGCGGCCGCUCAUGAUGCUGCUCACCUCCUGCGCUGGAGCCGCGACUGACACCGGCGGGGUGGUGGAGGCCGAGCUGGUCCAGCUGCUGAACCAGCUCUGUGUGGCUCUGGUCAAAGAUCCGUCGGUGCUGGAACUGUUUUUCCAUACCAGUCAGGACCAGGGAGCUGCCAACUUCCUGCUCUUCUCCCUGCUCAUACCAUACACACACAGGCAGGGUCUGGUGGGCCAGCAGGCCCGAGACGCUCUGCUGCUCAUCAUGUCUCUGUCGGCCUCGGAGCCUCGAGUCGCUCAGCACAUCGCAGAAAACACAUACUUCUGUCCUGUUCUGGCCACUGGUCUGUCUGGUCUGUACUCGUCUCUUCCAGCCAGGCUGCAGGUUUACAGUGAGGACUGGCACAGCCUGGAGUCUGCAGACUGGCAGCAGGUUCCAGCUCUUGUUCAUUUCCUGCACUCACUGGACUUCUGCAGUGCUGUCACCAAGGUGGCCCAUCCCUCCAUCCGCUCCCAGUUGCUGAGUUACAUCUACAACGGAUUCCUCGUUCCUGUUCUCGCUCCUGCUCUGCACAAGCUGACCGUGGAGGAAGUGAUGACCACCACUGCGUACCUGGAUCUGUUCCUGCGCUCCAUCUCUGAGCCCGCCCUCCUGCAGAACUUCCUGUCCUUCAUCCUGCUGCAUCGUCAUGACAACGUUCACAUCCUGGACACGCUGGUCAGCAGGGUCAACACGCCGUUCCAGUUAGGAACUGUGUCUCUGGCUCUGUUCAGGACUCUGAUUGGUCUCUUCUGCGAAGACGUUAUGCUGCAGUUGGUGUUCAGGUAUCUGAUCCCCUGUAGCCACCUGAGCAGGAAGCAGCGCUGCUCCCUGAACCAGAGAGACUGCUACUCCUCCAGCGCCGCCUCCUUCCUGCUCCUCCUGCCCUCCUGGUGCCCCAUGUACCUCAACAGCAGACACUCCCUCUCAGAGCACAUCCACUGGCCUAAAGCAGCAGAUCUGUCGGUUUCAGACAGCGUUGGCUACAGCAGAGGCUCAGACUUCCUGAUGGACGUUAACUACGUCCAUUACCUCUGCGACGCCCGUCAGGCGAUCUCCAUUUCCUCCAGAGCCUGCAGGUUUUGGUCGGCGCCGUACGACGGCUUUGACCCGCCACCUCAGGAUUACCGCUCCGACACGCCAGGAGACGAUCUGGAGGACGAGGACGAAUUCAUUCAGCGGACAAAGAGCGACUCCAUCUGCUCUCUGGUCGUCCUUCGCCCUCUGUCUGCCCUCUCCCCUACGCCGUCGUCCUCGGAUACCGUCUCCCCUAGCAACCUGGCGGGCAGGGCCAGCUCCGCCAUGGAGAUGGAGUGGGACGACAUCUUCGCAGAGGAGGAUCUCUCUUCCUCGUCAGCCAUCUUUAAUGUAUCGAACGGCUUUGUGGAGUCAGACGGAUGCAGUUUUUCACCCGUUCCUCCACCACCGCUUCCCCCUCGCCACAUCCAGGAAAUGAGGCUUACCGCCACCAAGCUGGUGCGAGGCGCCUACGUAGAGGAGUCUGAGUUUCAGGACGACGUCAUUGUCUACGAUCUGGUCGCUCAGAAGGACACAACGACGGCUCUGUUUGAGCGGAUCAAGGCGGCGAACCGACAGUCGCGUGAAAGCUUCUCGAAAUCAGGCAGGACGGUGAUGGAGACGGUUAACAGCAUCAUGUCGACAAGGAGGAGGAGCGAGGAUGGAGGGAAAGAGGAAGGGAGGAAAAGUGUAGAAUGUGACAGAUCAGCGAGGAGGAAAAGCGAGGGAUUCGGCACGAAGGAAAAGGAAGAUGGAGAGCUGCAUGUUGUACUGAAUGGUUUUGAUGUAAAGAAUCUCAUCAUCAGUGAAUUUGAUGAUUCUGAUCAAGAAACUGAGUCUUUUGAACAAAACUGCAUCCAGAAUGACAUCCCAGCUUUUAACGGUCACAACCAGCCAACGCAUGAAACCGGCGUCACUCCGUCUCCAGAGACAAACAAUCUCACAAACGGACAUUUAGAACCAGAGCCGCUUCGAAUUUCAACAACAAACACCCAAAACUCAAUCCCUCCGGCCAACCGGAUCUCCAAGAACGACUUCCUGUCCCAGUACUACGAACUCAUGCUCUCUUUAGGGGUGGAGCCAGACGGUGAUGACAUCACAGACGACGUCGGUACUUUCAGGAGGCGUGUCCGAGCGUUGAGGCAAAAACUGGCAGAGGAAGAGGAGCAGCUCGUCUCUGAGUUUGGGUUUAGCUCCUCGUGGGAUGAAGCAGAGCAGGAAGGAGAGGUGGAAGCCAUGGAGGAGGAAGAGGAGGAAGAGGAGGAAGAGAAGAGUGGCAACAUGCGAGGAGGUCCAUUUACAGGUCCGUUCAUCAGCGUCUUGUUGUCCCGACUGGAGAACCUUCUGGAAAACUCCAUCGCCGUCAACCUGCUGGUGACGGGGAUCCUGGCCCAGCUGGCAUCGUACCCGCAACCUCUGCUGAGGUCCUUCCUGCUCAGCACGGAAACACACGACCAGCACAGCGUACGGACGUUAUACCAGGUGUUGGUGUCGGUGCACGCUCAGAUCGAGCGCUACGUGGAGAACAGACCUGAAUAUCCCGCUCUGGUCACCCAGGCCUGGAGGUUCCUGUUGGCUAAAGACCAGGAUGGAAAAUUUAGAGAGGCGCUCCAGUCUAAGGGCGGAGACAUCAUCCUGGAUCCGUCUCGACCCAACGGCUCGGUGAGGAACGCCCUGCCGUUGCCCCCCCUCAGCGUCUUGCCUCCCUGCCCCGCCGUCCCCCCUCAAGCCAAGAGCCGAGUGUUCGCCAUCGUCCUGUUCGCCGAGUUCCUGAAGGAGCUGGCGGCCAUCGCUCAGGAGCACAGCGUGGCGCUGGACUGCCGUUCAGAGGAAUGACACAGAAAAAUCUGCACAUCGACGGAUCUGAUCAGUGAUCAAUAGCAGAAGACUUCAUCACAAAUCAACCUGCUGGUUUAUGCAACUUAUCUGGACAAUUUCAAAAGAUUUUACUGUAAAUCUGCAUGUAAACUGUUUUUUUCUGCCUGACAGCACUUGAAAAUGUUUCCCCAUGUGAAGAUAGAUUAUAUUUAUAAAAUGUUUGGAUGGAGAUUAUUUUGAAGAUGAUUGACAUUAAAUUUUGUAUCAA